CACUGAGCAGCAGCAGCAGCAGCAGCAGCAGAGCCUGGCAAGAGAAGCAAAAGAAGGAGGGAAGGAGAAGAAGGGGGAAGCCAGCCCUGGAAAGAAAGGGGCCAAAGAAGGGCCCAGCCAAGGACUGAUUCUUAGGCCUUGCUGAAAGCUGGGGCUGCUCCAAACUGACUCUCAGGCCUUUUGAGUAGCCAGAGUUUGCUCCUUCAGGAAAACAGCUCCAAGACCACACCCUGCUGCUUUGGGAAGACACCUUCAAAGGGUCCCAACAAUAAAGGACCAUUGUCAAGAGAAGUUGCAUCCUUCCUGUGCUUGGAGGAAGACCUUCAACCUGUGACACUGAGAGAGAGACCUUCAACCAGUGACACCCCCAAAGGACAAUUGUGAAGGCAACUUAGACCUUCUCUCCUCUGUCCCAAGAAGUCCACCAAGGUUUGGAGCAACAAGAGAGCCAAGCAGGAUGACGGAGAACUCGUCCGCAGCACCUGCUUCCAAGCCGAAGAGGUCCUCGGCGGCCAAGAAGUCCACGGACCACCCCAAAUACUCCGACAUGAUUGUGGCCGCCAUCCAGGCUGAGAAGAGCCGGGCCGGUUCGUCUCGCCAGUCCAUCCAGAAGUACAUCAAGAGCCACUACAAGGUGGGGGAGAACGCCGACUCCCAGAUCAAGCUGUCCAUCAAGAGGCUGGUCACCACAGGUGUCCUCAAGCAGACCAAAGGGGUCGGGGCCUCGGGCUCCUUCCGCCUGGCCAAAGGCGACGAGCCCAAGAAAGCGCCGGUCAAGAAGGCCAAGAAGGAGGUCAAGAAGGCCGUGACGCCCAAGAAAGCAGCCAAGCCCAAGAAGGCACCGGCCAAGUCGCCAGCCAAGAAGGCCAAGCCCGCGGCCAAGAAAGCCAAAAAGAAGCCGGCUCCGGCUCCAAAGAAAGCCAAGAAGCCAAAGACUGUCAAGGCCAAGCCGGUGAAAGCAUCGAAGCCGAAGAAGGCCAAGGCGUCCAAACCCAAAGCAAAGUCCAGCGCAAAGAAGUCGGCCAAGAAAAAGUGAGGUGCAAGCUCGGGACCUUCUUUCUUUGGACAUUCUCCUUGACCUCGACUCUGUAAAUAGAUUUCUCCUUUAUUCCCUACUACUUUCUACUGCAGCUUUAUAAAGACUGGACUAUUCUCCUCUCAUAGUUUACUGGAAAAACAAACCACCCAUCAAUAUAGAAAGAAAGCCUUUUGGGGGGGAUUGGAUCCUCUCAUACAUCACAUGUAAUUUUAAAUGUAUUUUUUUCUCUGUGUGUGUUCAUCUUUGCCUCCUUGCCUCAUUAAAGGUAUGCAAUACUUGUUUGUGUUUUGAGCAUGAGGGAAGGAAGACACAAUCAGAUCGGGAUGUUUUGAAUGUUCCUACUGCUUUGGUGAGGUUUUGUGGGGUGGGUGCCUAAGAAAGGGACGUGGUUUGGGCCCACUUUGAAAGAAACCCUUUAAAUCAUGUGUUUGAGCAUCAUAAUUAUGUUGGAAGCUUGCAAUGGGGUGUUGUAGCUUUUAAAAUAAAAAUUAAGUAAAAGCUUUUUUUUUCAGCCCCUUCCAGACAGCUUAAUAAAAUCACACAUUAUCUGCUUUGAACUGGAAUAUAUGGCAGUGUGAAUUUAGAUAUUCAAAGCAGAUAUUGUGGUAGUUUUGCCUUGAUAUUCAGGGUUAUAUGGCUGUGUGGAAAGGCCCGAAGAUGCCACUGUAACAAAAUGUUUUUCUGUCCCUAGUCAGGGCUCAAUGGCCGGAGGCUGAUAAGCUUUCCACUGACUUUGCUGUUUCUGAGAACUGAACUGUUAUUGGGGUUCGGAGUAAAAAUGGGAUCACAGAAAAUUCUGCAAAUAUUUGGCUUUUCCUGUUUUAAUGUCUAGGUUGAAUUCAAGGUAGAGUGAUAGUUUUAAUUUCCUUUGUCCUCCCAACAAUAUUUCAAAAUAGACAUUUUCUCCUCCUUCUGGAGCCCUAUCUCUGUCUCAGCCCUGACAACUUCAAGGAAGGUGUAGCAAAAACCGUCCUUUCUUUGCCGUCCGGAGUGUUUCUCACAUUUUUUCUGUUCCCUCACAUUACAUUAUUUUUCCAUAGCAAUCUACUUUUCCAAUUGCCAGUUUCUUGAACACGUGAAGGAGGAAGGAACAAAUGUAAAUUGAUAAUGGACAUGUAGCCAAUGUUGACUCUUUUAAGGGAGCUUUAUAAAGCUGUGUAUUAUUAUUAUUGCUUAUGUUUGGGGUGGGGUAUGUUUAUUUUUUCCCUCCCCACAGAGGGAUGGAAAGGAUCAUUUCCAGUACUCCUGUUUUAAAACAAAAUAAGGGAUGCUUGUGGCUGAAACAAAGGAAAAUUCUCAUAGGAUUGAUACCUGAUUGUCCAUUUUAUUUUGUAUGUGUAAUUUUGUGCAAGAAGGAUUUAGCAGUCUUUGUAAUUUUAGGGUUUAAAAUAAAAAUGUAAAAGAGCA